AGAGGAACUCCCAACACAGUUCCAAACGGCACCAAUGGCCACACACGUCUCCUCCCGCCUCCUCAUCCAUUUACCGGCGCCCACUGCCGCCGUCGUCACCACAACUUCUCCCAGGCCACGAGAACCCGCCGCAGCACUCACCGCGUCCUACCGGAGGCGCAGGCCACGCCUCGCCGUCUUGGCAGGGGCGGCGCCGAGCGGCGGCGCGGUCGCCCCGGCGGCACCGGCCGGAGAGAACAGGGGCGCCGGACUGACGCCGGACGACGCGCAGAGGUUGGAGGAGUUCCUGAAGGCCGACCUGCCGCACCUGUUCGACGACGUGGGCAUCGACCGCUCCGCGUACGACGACCGCGUCCGCUUCCGCGACCCCAUCACCCGCUACGACGACAUCGACGGCUACCUCGCCAACAUCCGCCUCCUCAAGAUCAUCUUCCGGCCCGACUUCUACCUGCACGACGUCAAGCAGACAGGGCCGUAUGAGAUUACCACGAGGUGGACCAUGGUCAUGAAGUUCUCUCUCCUGCCGUGGAAGCCAGAGCUGGUCUUCACCGGGUUGUCGAUCAUGGGCGUCAACCCACAGAAUCUCAAGUUCUGCAGCCAUGUGGAUAUUUGGGAUUCAAUACAGAACAAUGAAUACUUCUCCUUUGAAGGAUUGGUGGAAGUUUUCAAGCAGCUACGAUACUACAAGACCCCAGAUAUAGAAACACCAAGUUACCUCGUUCUGAAAAAGACUGCAAAUUAUGAGGUCAGGAAGUAUCCACCAUUUUCAGUAGCAGAAGCGAAAGGAGAAAAACUAACAGGAUCAUCAGGUUUUAAUAAUAUUACUGGGUAUAUAUUUGGCAAGAAUGCUUCAUCUGAAAAGAUUGCAAUGACUACACCUGUCUUCACUCAGGCUUCUGAUGACAAACUCUCAGAUGUGUCCAUACAGAUAGCUCUGCCAAUGAACAAAGACUUGAACAGUUUACCAGCUCCAAAUACAGAAGCGGUUACCUUGCGAAAGGUUGAAGGAGGCAUUGCUGCAGUGAAAAAAUUCAGUGGGCGAAUAGAAGAGGAAAUUGUGACCAAGAAAGAGAAGGGGCUACGCUCCCAGCUACUCAAAGAUGGGUUGAAGCCUCAACAAGGCUGUAUGCUUGCACGUUACAAUGAUCCUAGCACAAAGGACUUUGUGAAGAGGAACGAGGUGCUUAUAUGGCUAAACGAUUUCACACUGGAGUAGUAGUCUUCACCCUUCACUCUUCACUGUAAAUCGUACAGCAUAUUUCUGCAACAUCAGACACUGUAUGUUGGAGCUUCCAGAGCAUCAUAGAAAGAUUACGAGCAGAUGCAAUCGAUGUAUAGAAGAUGUAAAUUCCAAAAGGUAAAAUAGGCCAGAUACUAAAAAUGUACUCCCUCUGUACCAAAAUACUUGUAGUUGGGGGAAAUUAGACUAGUUUCCUCCAACUACAAGUAUUUUGAUACAGUGGGAGUAGGUCAUAUGAUUCUGUUUGUACGCCAAACCAGAGUUGAAUGAGGAAAUAUUUUAGGAUAAUAUGUAAGAAGCUCUAUACAUCUGUGCUACUAUUUUCUUCUCGGGGUUCUACAACUGAGGUAUUAGACUGGCUAUUGUAUUCUGGGUC